AAAACAGCUGUUACCAUCCACGUCAAAGCCUCCAUGUUGGAAGGUGGUAGUAAUAUAAAAUUGCAGAUGUGCUUGAGUUAGUCAUUCUGAUUACCGAUAGUCCGUUGGAAAGUCAUACAGUUUGCUCUGUCCUUUCAACACUUUGUUUUCAUCAUGAGGGUGACUGUAAUUCUGCUCCUGGUGGCACUUGUGGCCACUGUUCAAGCAGGCUGGUUCUUCGGUAGCAGUGCCAACGAGGAAUCACAUGACAUUGAGAAGAGGGAAGCCAGUGGUGAAGUGAAAGUUCUUGACGACGGGACCGGAGGAUCCUCUGAAGAGGGAAGCGGUGAUUAUGAUGAUGACGAUGAUUAUGAUUAUGAGGAGGAGGAUGAUGAUGAUGAUGAUGAUGAUGAGGAGGAGGAGGAUGAAGAAUUGGAGGAUUAGGUAAAUGAGAACAAAUUCGAAUCAAGCAAUUGAAUAAAGCGAAGACAAAGGAUGCUACAGGAAGAAAUGCAGAAAAAAGACAACCAUCUGGGAAAAAAAAUAUGCAAAUUACAACAGCCUGUUGAGGUUUAAAGUCUGGUUCCAGAGAGAUUGAAUUUAUAAUUCAUUUGGCAUAAAUAUUCGGAUAUAGUUCUAUAUGUACAAAUGUGCGUAUGUGUGUUCAUAGAGACAUACAUACAUACAUGCUAAUAUAUAUGUAAAAGUAUCAGUAAAUGUAUUUCACUUUUCGUAUGUAUCUUCUGUUAAGUGAUACAACCUGUGACUGAGACAUUCCUAUUCAGAGUCACCAUACCUGUCAAUUUUAUUUUGAGGUUUUCAGUAUUGUUGAAGAGUAAUCAAUAAACACAUCAAUAAAUUAGAAA